AUGACAGAAAACAAGGACAAGGGCAAAGACAGCGAACGUAAGGAUUCAGUGGAUGCAAGGGCAUCUGAGAGACGAAGGACGAAAGUAUCAAGAGCCUGCGACCAAUGCCGUAGUAAAAAAAUCCGGUGUGACGUGAGCGAGGAGAAUCCUAUUUGUUCCGGGUGCAAGAGAGCUGGGAAGAAAUGCACUUUUGACAGAAUACCUCUAAAGCGAGGACCGUCGAAAGGGUACACCAAGAACAAUGAGUCGGGUGAAUCCUUUGACACUAGUCGAAGAGGGUCAAGAAAGAGAAGCUCUUCCGAGUCUCGCAAGUGGGAAUCGCCCAGCAACCCUGGGUCGGUGUCGCUGCCCCCAUUGGCACAUUACCUGCCGCAUCCCGGAAUUGCAGCAGGUCCGCAGCAGUUUGCUUCUUCAGGCAGCUCUGCUGCACCACAGCAACAGCAAUUUUGGAAAGUACCGUACCAUGAGUACCAGUACCAGCGCCGCAGCUCCAUUGACUCUAUGGGUAGCGAUAUAUCAACCCGGCAGUCCACAGAUCAGAUUCUCUACGCGCCAUCUAAUGUGUCUACGAAUUCCACACUUUUCAGAGCAUCUCAUCCUCCCCCCGCAGAUGAAUGUGGAUUUUUGGAUGACCAGCGGAGAUCUCCCAGCAUCCCUCCAAUUUUAAGGCAUCCGUCCACAUCGUCGUCUCAAUAUCAAUAUCCAUAUUCACAGUUUACUCUUGCACAACAUCAGCAAAGACAGCAGCCAAAUCCUGCAGGAUUUCAAACGCUGCAACCCCCUCACCCCCCAUCCAGCUCUCAGCAGUUUAAGCAUUUUGGAAACGGCUUUCAUUCUAGAAAAGGCAGCGAUGUAAGUGAGGCCGUGUCACCUAGCUCACCUUUGCUUGCACCUCAGACACAUCAAGUAGGAACUCCUAGUCAAAGGCACGGUACCGAUCUUCGAAGUGGUGUCCCAGCCGAGCAACAGCAGUCUCCUGCUGCGGCGGCUGCCUCGACAUCUUCUGGACGUGAUAGUGGUGGGAGUGUCACGAAGCGUCGUAAGCGAAGCAGUGUGGGUAGAAAAAAAAAAGAUUCAGUUACAUCAGCUGGUUCUCUUUCAUCAAAUCACAGUAAUACCAUAACUUACGGUAAGAUACCUGAUAUCCAGCUAAUUGAUACCUAUUACGAAUUUAUUCAUCCCAACUUCCCAAUUAUUCCCAUCAACAAAAGAACCUUAACGGAUGAUCUACUGCUAUUCAAUACACAACCGUUAACCUCGAUUCAUGAAUUAAACAAUUACAUAUUGAAUUGGUUCAGAAAUUCAUUGGAAUUAUUAGUUCGUGUAUCAACAAAGAAGCCUGACAUUAGCGGGUCUGAAUUUCCUAACUCUAAUCUGGACCCAUUAGAUUCUCAACCAGUGUUUAUUGCUGCAUUAAACGAGUGCUUCCAAAAGAUAGUGGACGUUCAUCCUCGUUUCCGCGAAAGUGAGACGUUAAUCUCCCCUAAAGUCAAAUUCAUCUAUCUUUCGACCUUCACUAUUCUAAAUUUUAUCCUUGCAUUUGUUGGUUAUGACAACUCAUUCGUUCUUGGCAUGUCUGUUACCAUUUACAACGAAUUUAAACUAUACCGAUAUUUGAUGUUUGGCGAGGACAUUCCAGACAUCAAAGAUUUGACUGAGAAAAAUAAAAGUAACGUUCAAACGGAGUUAGUUGGAGAGCUGCAAGGUGCUGAUGUCGACGAGAAGAAGUACCAUGUUUUGUACAAACGCUUAUACGUUCUUCUCACUAUAUUCGAUUCUCUUCAAAGCUGCUCAUUUGGAGUUCCCAAAUUGUUAAGUGUUCCCAUUCAAGGGGUUACAGCUAAACUUUUCAAGUUUUCGAAAGACAAAUGGUGCGUCGAUUAUGACCCGAGUAGAUCUGAAGUCAUCCUUCAAGGUUUAGCGCUAGGAGAGCUACUAUCUUGUUUAUCUAUGGGAAGGAAAAGCAUGUGCAGAACACCUUUACUUUUAACUAGUGUGGAAUGUUGCGAAGACAUCGUUGCUUCAAUAUUCAGAAAGCUCCUCAUAGAUAAGCACUCCUUUAUCGACGUUUUGAUGGCAUUAGAACAACAGGAUGGAUCUUUUCGGCCCAUGACAUUAGAAUUGAGCAACCAACUAACGCAAUCAGUGUGUUCCAUCAUAUCUUGCAUUCACAGGUUACUAACUCUAAUCAUGAAAACCAAUCCCACAAACAGUGUUGACUACAACAAUAGGCCUCAUUUCCAUGCGGAGAAUUUAGAGCAAACAGCAUCACCUGGUGAAACUGAACCGGAGAAUGAAAACGACAACGACAACAACAACGACAACGAACGAGAGAAUGAACACGGCCAUGAAAACGAAAACGGCCAUGACAAUGGAAGCGAAAAUGAAAGAGUCGAGAACUACGACGUAUACAAGAAAUUACUGGGCCUCGAGGGAGCGAACGAGAUCGAUCUGACACGGGGAACAAUCUCUCCCUUCAUAAUUUCCAUCGUUCUGGAGGUUUACAAUCUGGUGGAUCUAAUCAAGCAUAUGCCAACCUCGCUGAUUGGUGUAGUGGUGAGCACAAUGGCAGACAAUUCUCCAGAUGACACCUUGAGACCACCACAGGAGCUCGUAAUGUUGCUAUCUAAUUCUAUGAAUGACAUGGUUCAAAUUACGAGCCUCAUGAAUCUGCUCCAACCCUUCAAGAUAUUCGAAUUUAAUCGUCGAAAGAGACGGCUUUCCGGCCUGGUCAUGAAACGAAAGGAAACGAAUCCAUCUCAGAUUGCCGGCUCAGAAGACAAUAUAUUGAGGAAGUUUGUUGAUGUUGCUUGGGGCUUAGUUGAUGAUGAAGAAUUAGGCUGGGUGUAA